AAUGCUGUUGUAAUUCAAUUUGUCCGUUUUUUGCUACUGAAUAUCAAAAUAAGGAAAUGUUUUGUUUCAGAUAUUUUGUUACGGGCAUUUAUAAAUCGCGAUCUUCGUAGCUCAUGUUAAAAUGGGUCGGCGACGUUCAAUUUUGAAAGCCAAUGCAACCAUCACCAAUUCGCACGAGAGUUCUAUUUGUGGACUGUUGGAUGAAACGACUAGUACAGAUGCCGGUGGGAAGAAACGGCGAGUCAGUUUCAAUAACAGCAUGUAUGUUCGUCCGAUCGCAAAGAUCGGAGGAGAAGAGCUACUGCAAACCACAUCAGAGAAUAGGAACCACGAAACAGACUCGGGGCGAGUGCACGACUAUGAGUUGCCGACCAGAUUCAAGUCGGCCGAGGAAAAUUCUGAGGACUUUGAGACCGAGCGCCAGUUCUUAACUACUCCUGUUCACAGAGCCAUCACGGAUAUCACAGAAGCGUCAUCCGUCGUCGAUUCCGUCUUGACCUCGACUAAGUUUGAUCUGGGCAACACUGGUGUUCUCAGCAACGACCCCUCAAUUCACAUACCAAGUGCACCCCUCUCGCAACCCCUUUCAUCAAACGACUACUCAUUUGUGCCCCUUCAGCCUAAAAUGUCUCUGGACAGUUUGAAAGGGGGCAUGAGCAACCUCAACUUGUCCUAUUCGAAUAACAAUCGAACUCUCGAUUUGUCGGAUGGAAUUAAUGGCAAUGUUACUGAUGUGAAUGGUCGUAGCGAUGAAAAGUUGUCCGAUUACAGAUAUGCGCCGAAACUUUCGUCCACUGAAGUUUCAUCUUCUAAAGCCAGUAUAGAGUUGCUUUUGAAUUCACAGAAUAACGUUGCUGAAAUGUCUGCAGCUUCAGUUUUCUCGAAUUUUGAGGAACAGCACAGUGAAUUUUCGUUUUUGAGUAGCCCUAGAAAUGAUGUUUUGUCUCAGAACAUGGCCGAAUUAAAUGUGAAAAGCAAAAUUUUUACAGAGGCUGAAAAGAAGACAGAGAGUGUAAAUAAAUCGAUGAAAAAUCUUGAAGGUGUAGAGUCUAGCUUAAUAUUUUCUGAUCAUGACGACCAGUCUUUCAGUCCCCAAGUAGCUAAUUACACCAAUAUUGACAUAGAAAAUAGGAACCCCGCAUUACCAAAAGCUUCAAAUAAGGAACUGCCUUAUGUCAAGUUGUCCCAAAAUCUAACUGACCUUUUUGAGCACGAGCAAUCUGUAAUGCAAACUAGUGUAUUGGCAAAUCGGAUGCUCGAAAAUAGCAGCGACCGUUCACAGAAUGAAAAACUGUCUAAUGAAACUCAUACUAAAAAGCCUGUCGAAAAACACAUUUCAGGCAAGUCUGCAAUAGGUUCAGAAGUGUCAAAAGGCGGACAAAAAAGUUUUCAGAAAAGAAGCGAAGUGAUAUCUGGGCCAGAAAAUCAAGCUUCUAUGACAUUGAGCGGUCAACAAAAAGGGGCAAAUAAUAUAAGUCGAGACAAAUCAACUCCUGGAAACAGCAGCAAGAAAUCACCGCUGGACAAGUUACGCGAAAGUUGCGAUUCGAAAGGAAUCAAAAAACGAAGUUUGAGAAUGUUGAACCGAGAAAAUUCCGCGCGCCUUGCCGGAAAACCGAAAAGUCGCCUUACUGUAAUAGCUCAAGCGGUUCCUCUGCCUAUGUUCGAACCGAUGUUUUGUAAACCAGAUCUGAAGAACGCUAUUAAUAUUGACGAGCGAGUUGAUUUUGUCUCACUAUCACAUACAAGAAAAUCAGCGCACGUGUGUGAGCAAUAUGAAGCGAAAAAGAACAAAAUAGCCGAACUGAAAAAACUGAAUACAGAGUUGAAAUCGGCGAUAGAUUUGGUGAAACCAAAUCACAAAGAGCUGUUCGACGAUCUGAAGGCGAUACUUGUGCCUGUAUGCGUGAGACACUGUAUUAAAAACGGAUCGAGUAACUUGGAGCCGAUUUUAAUGGAGCUUGACCCGCAAAUGGCGUCAAAAAUUGAAGAAGGUACACAAACCGGGAUGGAAUUCAAGAGAGCUCAGGAAAAAUUGGAGGAUGCUAAAGAGUCGGCAAAAAUAGGAAGGUCUUUGAAACAGCAGUUCGGAGACGUCUCCUGUGCAAUAUGGGUCAAUGCGAAGCAACUCGAAAUGGAAUAUGACAGUGCAAUCAAACUCGCGAUAUCUUUGGAUAAAAAAGACCCUAAGAAUCCGAAGUUUUCGAAGUUGAUUUCAGUUACAGCUACUGGAAAUGAGGAAAAAUAUAGAUCAAAAACAGUGAAUAGAAUGGUAAAAUUGAUAGAGCAAGUAGAAAGAAGGCUGCGUGGUGCGGAUAUUGCCAAAACUGUCCAAGUAUUGUUUAUGUUUCUGCAAGAAGGACUCUUGGUGAAUGAGAAGGAAUAAAACUAAUUGUACUUUUGUAGUUUGCAUUUUUUUGAUUUUGUAUUGUUUGAUUG